AGUGGGCGGAGUCGGGCGCCGCCGGCCUAGGAUCCGGAAGUCUGAGCCUAGCUGCGCCUGAGCAUUUGCUCGCGCAACCGAGUUGUCGUGUGGCUGUUUCUUCUCACAUCCCCGCCGGAAGUAUAGUGUUAGUGUGCUGCUGACUUCAAUCAGCAUAAAAGAUGAAAGCUGUCACAGUCUACUUCCCACAGAAGGGUGCAGAAUAACUCACUGAAGGGGACUUAGGUGAAGGCUUGUGGCAUUGUGGUUCCCCGCUGUCUUCAAAUUGCUUCUCCCAUUCUGACAGGAAGAGAGCAAGCAGAUUUGAACCUGCUUUCAAGCUGGUCGUCAUGAUGAAGCUUAGACACAGCACUCAGUUUCCAGGGAAGUUCGGCAGAUGGAAAUUGGCAACUGUGAAAGGGAUGAGAGAUGGGACUUCUUAUUGAAGAAGGGGAGAGGCCUCCUAAAUCCUGGACUCCAUGACUGGAGAAGUGGCAGAAAAUAAAAAGCCAGGUGAAGGCUCCAGGGGCUACAGGAAGGCUGCAAAGCAAAAUGGGAAGAAAGCAGCCCCCAAAGUGCCCUCUGCACCUCAUUUGGUUCACUGCAAUGGUCAUGCCAAUCGAGAGGCUGAAUUGAAGAAGAAGAGGGUUGAGGAGAUGAGGGAGAUGCAGCAAGUUGCCCGGGAGCAAGAAAGACAAAAACGCAGGACCGUGGAGAUCUAUUGUCAGGACGUCCUGAGACGCCAGGAGGAGUUUGAGCAUAAGGAGGAAGUUUUGCAGGAAUUAAAUAUGUUUCCUCAGCUGGAUGACGAGGCCACGAGGAAGGCUUAUUACAAGGAGUUCCGUAAGGUGGUGGAAUACUCUGAUGUGAUUCUGGAAGUCCUGGAUGCCAGAGACCCAUUAGGCUGCCGCUGCUUCCAAAUGGAGGAGGCUGUCUUGCAAGCCCAAGGCAACAAGAAGCUGGUCCUGGUCUUGAACAAGAUUGACCUGGUCCCCAAGGAGGUUGUGGAGAAAUGGCUGGAUUACCUUCGGAAUGAGUUGCCAACCGUGGCUUUCAAAGCCAGUACCCAGCAUCAGGUCAAAAACCUGAAUCGUUGCAGUGUACCAGUAAAUCAGGCCUCUGAGUCAAUGUUGAAAAGCAAAGCCUGCUUUGGAGCUGAAAACCUCAUGAGGAUUCUGGGGAACUAUUGCCGCCUUGGUGAAGUGCGCACCCACAUUCGUGUGGGCGUUGUGGGUCUUCCCAAUGUUGGGAAGAGCAGCCUGAUCAAUAGCCUGAAGCGCAGCCGCGCAUGCAGUGUGGGAGCCGUUCCUGGGAUUACCAAAUUCAUGCAGGAGGUCCACCUGGACAAGUUCAUCCGGCUGCUGGAUGCUCCAGGCAUUGUCCCAGGGCCCAACUCAGAGGUGGGCACCAUCCUGCGUAACUGCGUCCACGUGCAGAAGCUGGCAGACCCUGUGACCCCGGUGGAGACCAUCCUGCAGCGCUGCAACCUGGAGGAGAUUUCCAACUACUAUGGCAUCUCUGGGUUCCAGACCACUGAGCACUUUCUCACGGCAGUGGCCCACCGUUUGGGGAAGAAGAAGAAGGGAGGCUUAUACAGUCAGGAACAGGCGGCCAAAGCUGUCCUAGCUGACUGGGUCAGUGGAAAGAUCAGCUUCUAUAUAUCACCACCACCUACUCACACUCUGCCCGCCCAUCUCAGUGCUGAGAUCGUUAAGGAAAUGACCGAGGUCUUUGACAUCGAGGAUACUGAGCAGGCCAAUGAGGACACCAUGGAAUGCUUGGCCACUGGAGAAUCUGAUGAGCUGUUGGGUGACACGGACCCACGUGAAAUGGAGAUCAAGUUGCUCCAUUCUCCGAUGAUGAAAAUAGCAGAUGCCAUUGAAAAUAAAACCACCGUGUAUAAGAUUGGAGAUCUCACUGGGUAUUGCACCAAUCCGAACCGUCAUCAGAUGGGGUGGGCUAAACGCAAUGUGAACCACCACCCUAAGAACAACAAUAUGGUGGAUGUCUGCUCAGUGGACCGCCGCCCAGUGCUGCAGAGGAUCAUGGAGACGGAUCCCCUGCAACAGGGCCAGGCUCUGGCAUCCGCUCUGAAGAAUAAGAAGAAGAUGCAGAAACGUGCAGAUAAAAUUGCCAGCAAGCUGUCUGAUUCCAUGAUGUCUGCUCUCGACCUCUCUGCCAGUGGUGAUGACAGUGUUGGUGACUAAUCGACUGAUCUCACUUCCCUUCCGCUCCAAGCACCAGUUCCAGUGGUAUGGGGGGAAUACCAAUGAGAUAGUUUGGUUCUCCCUGAAGAGUCCCAAGGGGACUGCAGCUGCCAAAUCCAAUACCCUCUAUUUAACCCCUACUGUUUUAUAAGAGAAAUAAAAGAAAUCUCAGCAGA